AUGUUAAAGGUAUUGCUCUCGUACGACGUUUGCGUCCACGAAGGUUGGCCGGGGAAUUUCGUGUGUUAUGAAUCUUCAAACCGAGGUGUUGUGUUGGAAACUUCAGAGCGUUUGGUGGUUGGAUAUGGUGGGUGUAACGUGAAAAAAGGUUCUCAUUUCUUACAUUUUGGUCAUGUUGAGUCUCCACUUGUUGGUGAUAGUGGAGUGGGAGGUGCCAAUGGUAUUAACUGGCUAGAGCGAUUUCUUGCCGUUGACGGCGAUCUUGCGUGUUUGGUAAAAGAAAACCAUGCUCUUCGUUCGGAAAAUGUUUUGUUGCAAAAGAAGGUUUUUGAGAUUGUGGGGAAUGUUUAG